GAGAUGCAGCCGGGACCAGAGCUCCCGAGUGAGCCCCAGACAGGGGGAGAGCCCGGUGUGAGAGAUACAGACGUCUUGGGGACAUUUGCAGUGAGAUGCUGUAUGUUGGGACAUUCAUCUAAAGAGUGCCUUCAACUGCAUACAAGCAGAGUCUGGCCAGUGGACAUAGCUAACAUGCAUUUUCAGUGGUGUUCAAGGGCAUCACCCCAUGAAGGCGCACAAUGUCCCACUCAGCAAGAUGAGGACCACUUUCACACCUGGGGGCAUCACCUGAGGGCCUUUCUGCAGAUACCACUCAGCUAUUCCUGUGCUGUUCUGCUCAUUUUGCUGCUCUCAAGUUGGCAAGGAUGUGACGCACGAAACCUUAAUUUAUUUUCAGACAGACAUUUUGAUGUUAACACCUCUUUGGGAGUCCGGCAUCCUCAGGGGUUCAAUAAGGUCAUACAGUCUACAAGAGAAACUCUUUCCCAUGUUUUGGAAGAUAAUAGUUUAACAAAAUUUCGUCCUGACUUUCUACCAGACUACAACACGACCAUUUCCUGGAACAAAACCCCCUGGUCCUGUGAUGUUCUUCUCAAGUUAUCUCAACAUGUUUUAAUUAGUGCGUUGGGUCCCAGUCUUGCUUGGAAUAUCUUCCCUUAUGACAAGUGCGAGCAGAACUUAAAGCCCACUGAGACUCUAAUUAGUCCACUGAAGCUUGUGCAAGUUAAUGUAAAGCCGUUGAUACUUCACAAAGUUCUAAAGUUCCUGGGCGAUUUGGGAUUUUUAGUUGAGUCUCAACAAACUAAAGCUCUAUCUGUGCUCAAGAAGAGACUUCUUAAAACUGGAAAGCAGCAGAAGUAUCCCAACGUGAAAUCAAUUGAUAGAUGUCCAGACAGGAGGCCUUAUCUCACCCCUUGGAAUCCAGGUCAUGAUGCGAGGAGGUCAGCUGUUAUUGGACAUGGUGUUACCUUGCGGUUAGAAUCCUCGGCCACUUUCCAUUCUCUGCUCAUUCAGGACGGAGGCUCUCUAGUUUUUGCAGAUAACCAAGUGCCUAUAAUUCUGAGGACACAAUAUAUCCUGAUUAGAAAUGGUGGGUCCCUUCACAUCGGCUCUGAGCAAUGCCCGUAUAACUCCAGUGCUACUAUCUCACUCUAUGGGAAAUCUACAGAAGGGGAUGACAUAGAGGAUUUUGGGAAGAAGUUCAUAGGAGUAGACAAUGAAGGGAUUUUGGAAAUCCACGGAAGGAGGCCAUUAUCCUGGACAUUCUUAGAUGCCACUUUGCACCCAGGAGGGAUGCCCUAUGGAUCCUAUAAGUGGGAGAAGCACUGGGGAAGCAGGGGCAUUAACAUCAGGAUAAUUGACCCAGAGACUGGCCAGGUGCUGUCUGCCGACCGCUUUGACACUCACAUGUUUCUGGAUGAAGGGAAACGGCUGCAGGAGUUUCUGUCAGAGCAAAGUCGGGGACAAAUUAUAGCUGCUGCUGUUGGAGACUCCGCAGCAAAGAGCCUAACGCCAGAUGCGAGAAGAUACCUAAGAGAAGCUCUGAACAGCAGAUAUAUAUUCCACCUGGGUUACAGGCAGCCAUGGGCUUUGGUUGGAGUCCUUGGGGAAGGCCCUUUAAGAGUAACAGAGGAACGAAAGCAGUAUGAAAGCAAUGGGACAACUGGCCUGGCAGUGGCGAGCAGAGAGUUCCAGACUUAUAAAGGGCUGCAUUUCAUGGUCACCGCAUACAGUGGCUGGCUUAAAGGAGUUCCACGUAAUGGAUUUCGAGUGGCCGUGUCUAGGGGCAUCAUUGUGACAUUAGUGGAUGACGUUACCAGCUGGUUGCCAGGUAACAGAAUAGUCAUUGCCAGCACUGAUUACUCAAUGUACCAAGCCGAAGAAUUCAAUCUGCUUCACUGCCCCGAAUGUAAAAGUAAUCAAGUCAAAAUUGACGGGAGCCCGCUGUAUAUGCACAUUGGGGAAGUUGUUGAUGGAAUAGACAUGCGAGCAGAAGUUGGGCUUCUCACAAGGAAUAUAGUUAUCAGAGGGGAAAUGGAAGAUUCGUGUUAUGGGCACAACCAUUGCCAGUUCUUCAACUAUGAUACCUUUGGAGGUCAAAUCAAGAUUCAAAGACAUUUCAGAUCUGUUCAUUUGUCAGGGAUUGAGAUAAAGCACAUGGGACAGCAGCUGCUCGGUAGUUACCCAGUGCAUUUUCACAUUACGGGAGCUGUGGAUGAAGAAGGAGGAUAUAACCCCCCGACAUACAUUGACAAUCUUGCCAUACAUCACUGCUUCUCCAGAUGUGUUGCUGUUCAUGCUACUCAUGGACUUCUGGUAAAGGAUACGAUCGGCUAUGACACUCUGGGACAUUGUUUCUUUCUUGAAGAUGGAGUAGAACAAAGAAAUACAUUUUACCACAACCUCGGACUGCUGACAAAGGCUGGCACCAUACUUCCUACUGAUCGUAGUGAAGCCAUGUGUCUGGCAAUCCGGGACUAUGUGUAUGGGAAUUACAUCCCUGUGCCCAGCACUGACUGCAUGGCUGUGAGCACAUUUUGGAUUGCAAACCCAAACAACAACCUAAUUGGAAAUUCAGCAGGUGGUGCCCAGGAUGUUGGCAUUUGGUACAUAUUCCACAAGGUUCCAUCAGGUCCCUCGGAGGGACAAUAUCCUGAAGGCCAUUCAGAGUUCACACCCCUGGGCAUGUUUUACAACAACCGGGUGCACUCUAAUUUUAAGGCAGGUUUUUUUAUUGGAAAAGGAGUCAAAACAACAAUGGCCAGUGCGGAAAACCCAAGAGAGUAUUUGACAGUGGAUAAUGCAAGGUUUCGCCCACAUGAAAACUCUGACCCCUCAAAGCCUCGAGUUGCAGCUAUCAUUGAUGGACUAAUAGCCUUCAAAAACAAUGACCACGGGGCCUGGGCCAGAGGAGGAGACAUCAUUUUCCGUAACUGUGGAUUUGCAGACAAUGGAAUUGGCCUUACAUUAGCAAGUGAUGGAACAUUCCCAACUGAUGAAGGCUCCAGUCUGGAGAUCACAGAUUCAAUUUUUGUGGGGGAGAGUGAAAACGUGGGCUCACAUGGGGGACAGAACAGCUAUUGGGGACGUGGAGGGUCCGGGGAGCAAAGGUCACUGCCACGGAAUAAAACAUUCCCGAUUCGGGGCUUUCAAAUAUAUGAUGGACCUGUUCGGCUCUUGAAAUGCACUUUUAAAAAAUUCCUCCCCACUGUGGACAGAGCCUCCAGUGCAAUCGGUUUCUUCUUGAAAAAUUCUUGGCAAAUCACACCUCAGAACAAUGUGUCCCUGGUCAAAAUGGAGAGAAAUGUUGGGAUCAAGGUGUUCUUUGGUCGACCCGGGCAGUGGUUUGGUACAAAUGACUAUGAUGGUGACAAAGUAUCAAUCUUCCAUGACAUUGACGGUUCGGUGACUGGAUACCCUGGUUCCUUUGUGGGUCGGGCCGAUAAUUUUCUUAUUCGUCAUACUGGAUGUCUCACAGUGCCACGUUGGAAUGGAGUGAUAUGUACAGGCAGGUACGCACAGCUUUACAUCCAGGCAAGGCGCCCUGAGAAUUUGGCUAUAUUAGUUUCCAGAGCAACCUAUCCAUCUCAUCCCUUGAGGCUUGUGGGUGUAAAUAAAGGCGCUCCGUAUCAACAGUACCAGCCAGUGGUCAUGCUACAGCAGUCCUACACAAUCCGAUGGGAGGGUCAAUCCCCAAGAGAAGUCAUUCUCUACCCAAUCAACUUUAACAGGGGAGACUGGUUGCAGAUCGCUCUGUGCUACCCCAAAAGGACAGUUUUCCAGAUUAUGGCAGAUGUUCACGAGCGCCACACAGGAAGGAUCCACAGUGUCCAUCAUUACUCCUUGGCUCAUUCCAUCCACCAGGCUCUGAAUCCUUCCGACGCAAGACUUUAUUACUUCAGUAAAGAGUCCGGAUACCUUUUCCUUCAUUUAAAAGCACAUGCUAAUCGCAAAGGCCACAGUUACUGUUCCGACCAUGGCUGUGAGAGGGUAAAAAUCACGGCUCACUUCCAUCCAGAGGACUAUAAUCAAUGCAUUCCUAACCCUUACCCUGAGAGGGACAAUGACAGCCAAACUCCUCGACUCUUUGUGGCUCACAGGCUUCCUAUGCCGUGCGGUCACUGUGGGGCUCCACAGGUAGCUAUAACCAGCAACCCAUCAAUCAAAUACACUAGGAUCCAGGUGCAGUCCCUCCGCAGAGCUGAUGCAUUAAAUGGACUCAAAUCUGCUUUUAUUAAGGUUGACGAUGAAAUUUUUUUGUUUAAGAGACAAGGCCUUUUUUUCCUGGUGAUAGAUGCUUGUUCCGGCCUUGUAGUGAGCAAGAGACACUUCGAAAUAACCAGCGAUCCAAGAAGCACUAAUGCAUUAACAAGCUAUAUUCAGUCAUCACUAAAGCAGAGGUCUGUGGUUGUAAUUUGUUCCAGAGAUAUUGUUGAGACACCAUCACCUUUUGAAAUGACUGCUUCUAUCAAACUUGGGGCAGCCAAACCGAUUGUGCUCCUAAGAAGAGGAAGUUUUGCCAUGGUUGGAUACAAGGGACUGACCUCCCCAUCCUGGAUUAAAAUAGUCAAUAACUCUGUUGACAAAAGAGCUGCAUCCAUUCAUCUUUAUCUACCAUUGAUGCUGACAGAGUACAAAUGCCCAACUCCAAAACUUUAAAACUGAUGAGAGACUGUUCGAGUGGUGCUCGACUGGUGUGGCUACCACAAAGCUUAAGGGGGCAACCAUUUUACUUACUUUUGUUGCCAGACAUAAAUUUGCCCCACUGGCAAUAAAAAUGAAAGUUAGCACUUAUUUGCUGAGCCAUGGAAAAGUAAUAUAUGUACAAACCCAAGUCCAAUAGAU